AUGGGCUCCACAUACUCCAGCCCCCACGACAGCAACCACGAGCUGAACCCCGGCCCCGAACAGCUCAGAGUGCGCGUUUCGUCGAAACCCCUGGCCCUCGCGUCCAGCUACUUUGGCAGACUUCUCGCCAAUUCCAGAACGGUACUUCUCCCCGACGUGUGGGAAGAAUUCCGCGGCGACAUCACGCAGCCCCUGCUGCUCAUCCUGCGCGCCAUCCACGGCCAGAAUAGGAAGGUUCCCCGGUCCCUAGGCUUCCAGAUGAUGUACAAGGUCGCCUUCCUGGCAGACUACUUUGGCUGCAGUGAAGCCGUUGAGAUAUUUGCUGAUACCUGGAUCCGUAAUGCGGAGGGCCUGCUGCCGAAGAGUUAUACUGUUGACGUGCCGCGCUGGCUCUGUAUCGCCUGGGUGCUUCGUCAUCACGACCUCUUUACUGCCGUUACGUGUCUGGCUAUUCACACCAUCGCCAAAACCCGAGAGGAAUAUAUGGAAGAGAUCCUCACCUCCGUCUUCGACUACGUCGACACCCUCUCGCUCGACGACUCCACCACCUGCUGUCCAGACUGCGCGUCGUUGAUCCUCGGCUUGUUACUCCGCCAGCUCACGUCCCUCAAACUCUACCCCCAGCCUCUCCCGCCGUACUUCACGCACAACGUGGAUGAGCUGCUCAAGUCGCUCCCGACGUUGGAGCCACCGCGCUGCAGUGCCCACGUCCAUAAGCUAAACGGCUGUCACGGUCGCUGUGCCGUGUUGUUGCCUCGGACGGGGGAAGUGUUGCAGAAGAUUGAGGCGAAGAUGAAGGGCUUGGAUUUGGCGGAUUAUGUGGAUAUUGAUUGGGUGCCUCAUGCUGCUUGAUUUGAUUG